CACAGCGCCCCGCCCGACAGCAAAAAUGAGAAUUGUGGGAUAAGGGCGGAAUUCAUUGGACAAGUUUCCGGAUUCCCAGGGUUGGCCUGUGGCGGCGGGGUGAACGAAAGCGAGGAUAAAACUUCAUCGUUUGUGUUACAUCGCUUAUUAAGCAGAGGACUCUCAGUAGUGGCCAUGUCUCAGUCUGGAGAGAAGGGAAAGGUGAGACCCGCGGAGCUGAUGGAGGAGUACAGCGCUGCUCCACCAUCUCAGUUCACAGAGGCGGCAGGCUAUGUGGGCUUUGCUAACCUCCCCAAUCAAGUGCACAGGAAAUCAGUGAAGAAAGGUUUCGAGUUCACUCUCAUGGUUGUAGGGGAGUCUGGUUUAGGUAAAUCGACUCUGAUCAACAGCCUGUUUCUGACCGACCUUUACCCCGAGCGCUACAUACCUGGAGCUGCAGAGAAGAUUGAGCGCACAGUGCAGAUCGAGGCGUCAACGGUGGAGAUUGAGGAACGCGGUGUGAAACUGCGGCUCACUGUCGUGGACACUCCUGGAUAUGGAGACGCCAUCAACAGCCAAGACUGUUUUAAGACCAUCAUCCAGUACAUUGAUAACCAGUUUGAGCGCUACCUACAUGAUGAGAGUGGCCUGAAUCGCAGACACAUCGUGGACAACAGAGUCCACUGCUGCUUCUACUUCAUCUCUCCGUUUGGACACGGAUUGAAGCCAUUGGACGUUGAAUUUAUGAAGGCCAUACACAGUAAGGUGAACAUUGUGCCAGUCAUCGCCAAAGCAGACACACUAACUUUGAAGGAGAGGGAUCGUCUUAAGAGAAGGAUCCUGGAUGAGAUCUCUGAGCACGGCAUUCGCAUCUACCAACUUCCUGACGCAGACUCGGACGAGGAUGAGGAGUUCAAGGAGCAGACACGUGUUCUCAAGGCCAGUAUUCCAUUUGCAGUGAUUGGCUCCAACCAGCUGAUCGAGGUGAAGGGGAAGAAGAUCCGCGGCCGUCUGUACCCGUGGGGUGUGGUCGAGGUGGAGAACCCUGAACACAACGACUUCCUCAAGCUGCGUACCAUGCUGGUAACACAUAUGCAAGACCUUCAGGAGGUGACCCAGGACCUCCACUAUGAGAACUUCCGCUCUGAGAGGCUCAAGAGAGCUGGCAGAGCUGUGGAAGAGGAAGGAAUGGACAAAGAUCAGAUCCUGCUGGAGAAAGAGGCUGAGUUGAGGCGAAUGCAGCAGAUGAUCGCUCAGAUGCAGGCCCAGAUGAAGAUGAAGCCUGGAGAUGACUGAGACCUGAAGACGGGGGCGGUGUGUGCGUGUGCCUGCGUGUGUGUGUGCGUGUGCCUGUGUGUGUGCGUGCGUGCGUGUGUGUGUGUGGUGUCGUCCAUCUGUAACUCUCCCGCACACUGCCCCCUCAGUCCACAACGACCCGCCCUAUUUUGAUUGACAAGUGAUCUGUCACACCUGGACUCCGCCCACAUGGAUCUUUUCACCAACCGCAAGACACCAGCAAGGAACAUAAUAGCCAGAAUUGGCAAAGUGCAAGACAAUCCUACGAUACACUUCACAUCACGCAUCCAUACACACAUCACACACAAGUACACUACAAUUACAUGACCUCAUUGUUCUACUAACUUUAACAAAAUUAACAAAGAAAUAUUUUUUCUACUAUGCAUCAUGCAUAACAUGUGCAUACAUACACACACACACACACACACACACACACACACACACACACACACACACACACACACACAUAUACAAACUUACACAAACUUACACACUCACCCUAACGUUGUACAGGGUUGGUUACUUACAUAUCUUAAUUGUGAUUUUUUUUUGUUUUUUAAAUACGCACCAGCACUAGUGGUAAACUCAAGAUUAGAACCAUCUUGUCAGUUUCCACUAUGUUUUGUCUGUAAUACUGUAACAGAUAUUGAUUUAUGAAACAUUGUUGUCAGCAGGUAUCCAGUGAUAUGCCUUUAAUGUAAUUAACAUGUCACAGCAUGGCAUCUUAAUCGGUACGAGUGAGCAGAAGACUAGAGGAUGCAGGAUGGAAGGGAAGCUAAAGUGUUGAAAUGUGUCAACGUUUACACAGUUGCUUGUGUCAUUGAAGAACAGCUGAUUUUUCCACUAGUUCUCUGUGUGUCUGCUCGAGAAAUGUGUCCAAGGCUGUCCUCCUUCAGAGAGCAUGUGUGUGUGUGUGUGUGUGUGUGUGUGUGUGUGUGUGUGUGUGUGUGUGUGUGUGUGUGUGUGUGUGUCUGUCUGUCAGGGAGAGAGAGAGGGGGGAAGUAGAGGUCUAGUGGUACGUCUCAGUCCCAGCACCUUUGUCUAGACGCAGCAGACAUGGAACACUGCCUAUGGUGCCUUGCAUCGGACACUGGCAAGUCAACACCGCCAUCUUGUGGCUUGUAGUGGAACUUACUGCUAAAUAUGUAUUCAGUGAUUACUGCCUGUAGUCUCACCAGUGUCCCUUUAUUUUAUCAGGUUAUAUUCGAUCUGGGAGAGAAAUUUAUGGGUCAUGUAAUAAGUGCACAGUGAGAUCACUGUUUCAAUUUCCUGAUUGACAAAAUGACUAAUUUUGGGUAUUGGCACUGUCAUUACUUAAGGUUUGUUGUUAAAAGGUAGAUUUUGAGAAUCAGACUUUAAGAAUUAGAUCAUCAGAAAGAUAUUUAUUCAGUGACAGUUUCUUGGAAUGGAAUAAUUCAUCUCAUUUAUCUGAGAUGAUGGCUUCAUCCUUCAUCUCGGAUAAAUGCCCUUUAAGCGCAACCACUUACAAGUUCAAGGUUUGUCAGCAUAGCGCCACUAUUAUAUAUAUAUAUAUAUAUAUAUAUAUAUAUAUAUAUAUAACACACACACACAGCACAGAGAGAGAGAGAACAGCAGAUCAUAGGCCACUUAUCCUUCUGAUCUGCUUGGCUCCAUCACUGCACUCCUUGUGUGCAUUGAGGUCAAACUCUAUGGGACGACUCAUCAUCAGUAGACCUACUAAGAAGCCCUGAUAGCAGCAGAUAUGGCCCUCAUCAGGGGUCUGCCCACUCAGACAAGCUCCCUGGCUAACUGUGACUCAGCUCCUAAGAAACUGCUGAGUCGUUGAAAGCCACGAGGGAGGGCAACCUUUAAAAAAAAAAAAAAGAAAAAAGUCUGAUCAUGUGAUGACGAUCCAAUCAGGAGAGAGCUAUCAGUGUAUUGCCAAAUGCUUCCCAUGGCAAUGAUUGGCACAGAUUCAGCAAUUGAUCAUGCAGUGGAGAGUAAUCAGCCUUCCAACAGGGGAGGUUGUGUGUGUGUGUGUGUGUUGUGUAUACAUGUGUGUGAGAUCAGAUUUGUUGGAUGAUUGGUCACACAACUUCUGUGGUGAUUGUUUCAACUGCAGGGAUAUUUCAGCACAUUCAGAGCAAAAACACUAAUUCGUUUGGUCUUGUUUUUAAUUUCCCACUGUUUCUCUCAAAAAGCCUUAACUUGGUUCCUGUCUUGACCAUCUAUCAGCAUCUGAUUUUAAUUUUUAAUUCAUUUGAUUUUUGUUUUUAUCACUGUAUUCUUCCCCAUAGAGUUAAGUUGUUGUGUUUGCAUUUUGCAUGUGGUUUAUUGAAAUCUGCAGUGAACGCCAAAAUCAGUGGUUGUCUUCUGCAGAUGGGGGUGUUGAGUUGUUUUAUAUUUGGAUGAUGAACUGCAUGGUUUGGCUUGCUGUUUUGGGAUUAAUGCUGACUCUAGUCCUUGCCAAAAGUGCUCUGUGAUCAUGGUUGAGUCAAUGCUACUGUAGUUCUAUUUCACCCUUGUAUUCAGUUCUUUUUUUGUACUCAGUUUCGACUCACUCUAAGAAAAUAAAUAUUGUCAACAAGCUUGGAACAA